UGUCAGCAUCUGGGGUGAGUUUUCAAAGGAGAAAAAAUGAUUACACCAGGAAAGAAUGUAAGAAAGCCUUUGGCUGUAACCCAAACACUUGCUCAGGACCAUGGUGUCUGUACUGGAGUACAGUGUUUUACGUGCCGUGAAUGUGAAAAAUAUUUUACAAAAAUCUCUGAUCUCCUUAAUCAUCAGAAAGUUCACACAGGAGAAAGGCCAUACGAGUGCAGUGAAUGUGGAAAAUGCUUUAGACAACACUCCAACCUUAUUCUACACCAUCGAGUUCAUUCUGCAGGAAAGUCUCAUGAGUGUGGCAAAUGUGGGAAAUCCUUUAGCCAAAGUGCAAGCCUCAUUCAACACCAGAGAGUUCACACUGGAGAAAAGCCGUAUGAGUGUGGCGAAUGUGGGAAAUCCUUUAGCCACAGUAAAAGCCUCAUUCAACACCAGAGAGUUCACACUGGAGAAAAGCCGUAUGAGUGUGGCGAAUGUGGGAAAUCCUUUAGCCAUAGUGCAGGCCUCAUUCAAUACCGGAUAGUUCACACUGGAGAAAAGCCGUAUGAGUGUGGCGAAUGUGGGAAAUCCUUUAGCCACAGUGCAGGCCUCAUUCAACACCAGAGAGUUCACACUGGAGAAAAGCCGUAUGAGUGUGGCGAAUGUGGGAAAUCCUUUAGCCAAAGUUCAAGCCUCGUUCAACACCAGAGAGUUCACACUGGAGAAAAGCCAUAUGAGUGUAGUGAAUGUGGAAAAUAUUUUACCAGAAUCUCUGGCCUUUAUCGUCAUCAGAGACUUCACACUGGAGAAAGGCCUUAUGAGUGCAGUGAAUGUGGGAAAUCUUUUAUCACGAAGUAUCACUUGCGUUGUCAUCAGAGAUGUCACACUGGGGAAAGACCUUAUGAGUGCAGUGAAUGUGGGAAAUCUUUUAUCAAUAGCUCUGGCCUCCGUUGUCAUCAGAGAUUUCACACUGGAGAAAGGCCUUAUGAGUGCAAUGAAUGUGGAAAGUCUUUUAUCACUAGCCCUGGCCUCCGUUAUCAUCAGGGAUUUUAUACUGGAGAAAGGCCUUAUAAUUGUAGUGACUGUGGGAAAGCUUUUACUCGUAGCAGUGCUCUCCGUUAUCAUCAGAGAGUUCACACUGGAGAAAGGCCUUUUGAAUGCAGCGAAUGUGGGAAAUCAUUUACCAGGAACAGUCACUUGCGUUGUCAUCAGAGAGUUCACAUGAGUAAGGCCUUAUGAUUGCAGCAAAUGUGGGAAAUCUUUUACCAAAAACAGUCACUUGUGUUGUCAUCAGAGAGUUCACACUGAAGGAAGUUUUUAUUUUUUUAAAAUAUAUUUUAUUGAUUUUUUA